UAUCUCUGAGAGAAGACUUGAGUCAAGUCUUCGCUUCUACAGAGAUAGAUAUAUUAUCCUCUUGAUCAUGUUACUUGUGGUUUUGGUGCUGCAAGCUUUGACCAAUCCUGGUGACUAUGGUGUUCUGGAGUCACUUAAGGAAGAGUGGGAGAAUGUACCUCCAAGUUGGAGAGGUACAGAUGCUUGUGGGUAUCCGUGGGAAGGCAUCGAGUGCAACAAUUCACGUGUUGUUACUAUAAAAUUAUCAAGCAUGAAUCUGAAAGGGCAGCUGUCUGGAGACAUCGAGGCCUUGUCUGAAUUGCAGAUACUGGAUCUAUCAUACAACAAAGGCUUGACAUGUUCACUCCCACAAUCAAUUGGAAGUUUGAAGAGCUUAUCAAUUCUGAUCCUUGUUGGUUGUGGAUUUAAUGGACUGACACCGGACACAGUUGGAUCCCUUAGUCAGCUGGUUUUUCUAUCUUUGAAUUCUAACAACUUUAUUGGAGCAAUACCAGCUUCUAUUGGUAAUUUAUCAAAGUUAUAUUGGCUGGACUUAGCUGAUAAUAGGCUCAAUGGACCUCUUCCAGUCUCCCAUGGAAACACACCUGGUCUGGACAUGCUUGUGCAUACAAAGCAUUUUCACCUGGGGAAAAAUCAGCUCUCAGGUGAGAUUCCAGCUCAGCUAUUCAGCUCAAAUAUGACUCUCAAACAUUUGCUGCUUGAGCAUAACCAGCUUACUGGAAAAAUACCCCCUACAUUAGGACUUGUGAAGACUCUGGAGGUGGUUCGUCUUGACAGGAAUUCAUUAGAUGGAUCGAUUCCAUCAACCCUCAAUAAUCUCACGCGUACGAGUGAACUCUUCUUAUCAAACAAUGAAUUCACUGGCCCCUUGCCUGAUCUCACUGGCAUGAAUGCCCUCAACUACUUAGAUAUGAGUACAUUUAGCUCAGCUGAUUUUCCACUGUGGUUUUCAACCUUACAGUCAUUGACGACUCUGUACACUUCUCUCUCUCUCUAUAUACAUGCAUGUGUGUAUCUGUCUCCGACACCAAGUGCAUGUGGCCCCGCAGAAUUCACAUCCAUACACGUGCAGAGGAGAAGCCUUGACCCCGGACCUUAG